UGGUGACAAACGAGCGAGUUUAGAUCUCCACUCUGAAAAAGGUUUAUCUUUAUAUCAGAUGUUUACUCUGAUUAGAAGAAUGGGAGAGAAAAAGUUUCUUAUGUUGUUCGUAUGUAUGAUAACAGAGAGACAAUUGACUCAUAUACGAUUGCCGCAUCACCAAGUUUCGGACUCCUACGACUUGGAUCCAGUAUUAUAUCUGAAGUUGAUAGUAGAGAGUUCUUGGACUCGGAUGUGAAGACACAUUUACUCGCUGAAAAGGAAAAAGUUCAGGAGCAAAAUGUCGUGGAUGAAAUCUCAGUAGCAAAGGCAUCUUGGUCAGAGAAGGCUUCUUCAUUGCAUGAGCAACUGGUUGGGGAAUUACCAAUUUCCUGUGGAUGCAGCUUAACUCAGACUAUAUUCAAUGGUGUCAAUGUCAUGGCUGGAGUUGGACUGCUCUCUACUCCUUAUACAGUGAAAGAAGCUGGUUGGGCUAGUUUGUUAGUGUUGGUAAUUUUUGCAGUUAUAUGUUGGUACACAGCUUCUCUUAUGAGGCAUUGCUUCAAGAGCAGGGAAGGAAUCACAACCUAUCCCGAUAUUGGAGAAGCUGCAUUUGGAAAAUUUGGACGCCUUAUUAUAUCUAUUAUCUUGUACAUUGAGCUAUAUUCAUAUUGUGUAGAAUAUAUAAUUUUGGAAGGAGAUAACCUUACUACUCUUUUUCCCGGAACUUCACUAAACUGGGAUGGCCUUAAACUUGAUUCGACUCACUUCUUUGGGAUCCUGACUGCCCUAGUUGUUCUGCCAACUGUUUGGUUGAGGGACCUUCGUGUAAUAUCAUACCUCUCAGCCUGCGGGGUCCUUGCGACUAUAAUAAUUGCUCUGUGUGUGCUUUUCCUUGGUACGGUGGAUGGAGUCGGAUUUCAUAAUACCAGUCAGGUUCUGAACUGGAGUGGGAUUCCUUUUGCUAUUGGGGUAUAUGGCUUUUGCUUCUCUGGGCACUCAGUGUUCCCAAACAUCUACCAAUCUAUGGCUGACAAAUCAAAAUUCAAUGACGCAGUCACAAUAUGCUUUAUUCUGUGUAUUCUAAUAUAUGGAGGUGUUGCAAUAAUGGGGUAUCUCAUGUUUGGUCAAAGCACAUUGUCUCAGAUUACUUUAAAUAUGCCUGAGGAUUCAAUCGCUUCAAGAAUAGCAGUAUGGACCACUGUUAUCAACCCAUUCACGAAGUAUCCUUUUACACUCGGACUUAUUGACAUUUCUUUUUCCAGGAAAUACCACUAUCAUCCAACGCUUUGCAAAUGCAUCACCACUUCACAAACUCGCAGUACAUUCCGUCUGCCAUCAACAACACUCUACGUGUUUGCGACUUACUCCUCGUGAUCGUUGUAAUUACCCGGCCUGCCAUAUUAAGUAUUUUUGCUCCAAUCCCCUAUUUAUUUUCUCCUCUAUGUUUUAUUAUGGUAAUGUGACUUUCUGGGGGUGUUUGGUUUAUGUUCGGGUGA